AUGACGGAGGUGCUGAAGCGCGGCUUCCCGUCUGCCAAGGACUUGCCCAUUCUGCAGGACACGCCGCCGCCGGGCGGCUUCCCCGCGAUCCGCAUCGACCGCCGGCUCCCGAGCACGGGCCCGACGGGCGUGACCAUCUUCGCGGUCGGGGCUGCGGUGUCUGCGUAUGGCUACUACAAGAUUUACCAAAUGAUCCAGGCACGCAACAAGCCGCAGCCCAGCAGGGGCGCACUCAGCAGCUGCGGCGCCGCUGGCGGCGGAGGCGCCGGGGGGCGUCCGCACCACUGGCAGGGGCGGCGGCAGCCGCGCGGCAGCCCAGCGCGGGGACGACAGCUGCGACGACGCGGCGGCGGCACUGCCGAUGCCAGCAGCAUCACAGGGUGCAUCCGGCUGACAGCCGUGGCCAUCGGCGCAGCUGUCAAGCAGGGCAGCUGCAGCAGCGGACCGACAGCUGCGCUAGGGGCGGCUGACACCGUUGAUCUGGAGUUGACGCGGGCCCCGGUCGUCCCCGUGCUGCAGGCUGAGGAGGACAUCAAGUGGGUUGAGCGCCGGAAGGUGCAGCUGGAGGAGGAGGCGCGCAUUAUGAAGAACGUCCCCGGCUGGGUUGUGGGCGAGAGCACGUCCGCCACCGGCCGCCACAUCCCCGGGCCAAAGCCGUUUGGCAUCUGGGACCCCAUGCUGCAGUAG